ACGCAAACAAAAAAGGCCGCAAAAAUACAAAAAUAAAAACGAAGAAACUGCAUAAAAUGGAUCUGUCGUCGUCCUCCUCCAUGCUCUCCGCCUUCUGAACUCCCGGACGUCGACCACGGCUUUACUUGUUUCGUCGUUGUAGGUUUUCUGUUCCCAACGGCAAAUGAUUGGAAUUGUUGAGGUUGAAAACUAGUGAGAACAGGACUUCUCUCUAUCAAAUGGCUUCAGUAGGCGUGGCGCCUACUUCUGGUUUGCGAGAAUCUACAGCUGGUGUUGAUAGGUUACCUGAGGAGAUGAAUGACAUGAAAAUUCGGGAUGACAAAGAAAUGGAAGCAACAGUAAUUGAUGGUAAUGGUACUGAGACAGGCCACAUAAUAGUGACAACUAUUGGUGGUAGAAAUGGCCAGCCAAAGCAGACUAUAAGCUACAUGGCUGAGCGUGUUGUUGGUCAUGGAUCAUUUGGAGUUGUAUUCCAGGCAAAGUGCUUAGAGACCGGUGAAACUGUGGCUAUUAAGAAGGUUCUUCAAGAUAAAAGGUACAAGAACCGGGAGCUUCAAACUAUGCGUCUUUUUGACCACCCAAAUGUUGUUGCAUUGAAGCACUGCUUCUUCUCAACGACCGAGAAGGAUGAACUUUAUCUUAAUCUGGUGCUUGAGUAUGUUCCUGAAACUGUUCAUCGUGUGAUCAAGCACUACAACAAGUUGAACCAGAGGAUGCCACUGAUAUAUGUGAAACUUUAUACUUACCAGAUCUUCCGGGCAUUGUCGUACAUUCACCGUGCCAUUGGAGUGUGCCACCGAGACAUUAAACCUCAAAAUCUCUUGGUUAAUCCACAUACUCACCAGGUUAAAUUAUGUGAUUUUGGAAGUGCAAAAGUUUUGGUGAAAGGAGAGCCAAAUAUAUCGUACAUAUGCUCAAGGUACUACAGAGCACCGGAACUUAUUUUUGGGGCUACUGAGUAUACUUCAGCUAUUGAUAUCUGGUCUGCUGGCUGUGUUCUUGCUGAACUACUACUUGGGCAGCCCUUGUUUCCUGGAGAGAGUGGAGUAGACCAGGUUGUUGAGAUAAUCAAGGUUCUGGGUACUCCAACAAGGGAGGAAAUUAAGUGCAUGAACCCAAAUUAUACCGAGUUUAAAUUCCCUCAGAUUAAAGCUCACCCAUGGCACAAGAUAUUCCACAAGCGCAUGCCUCCUGAAGCUGUUGAUCUUGUUUCAAGACUGCUGCAGUACUCCCCUAACCUACGGUGCACUGCUUUAGAUGCUUUGACCCAUCCUUUCUUUGAUGAGCUACGUGACCCGAACACCCGCCUGCCGAAUGGUCGUUUCCUUCCACCACUUUUUAACUUUAAAUCCCAUGAAUCGAAGGGAGUGCCGGUGGAGAUUUUGGUGAAAUUAAUACCGGAGCAUGCAAGAAAACAGUGUCCCUUUCUUGGUUCAUGAAUAUGAUGUGAAAAUGAUGUAACAAACCAGCUAUUGUUGUUCUGAUAUGGAAUCAACGUUUGUCCACUCUAUUUAUGCAAAAAAAAAAAAAAAAAAAUGUUUGUCUUCCUGUUAUAUGUAUCCGUUGUAUUGCCAUGUCUUGUGUAAGUAGAAUUAUACAGACAUGCUACUACUGAAUGAUUGGCUUUGCCUCUACGGGUAUUGUUGUCGUGUUGUUCCUAUGUGUAAUCAAAGAUUAUAACUUCUCAUA